GCUGCUAUCAGAAAUAUUAGAAUUUUGCUUUGCAUCUUGUCUCAGCAGCUUUAAUAAUUCAAAUAGAAAACUUUUCUUGAACAUGUAUUCUGGCAAGUACGUUCGGGAAUUAUUUAUUAUAAUUCUCGUGCUUGAAUCGUCAUUAUGUGACAUGCAUGAACCACGAUGUUACAGUCGGUUUGACUACGAGGAGAAAAUGUUGGAGAAAAUGGUGAGAACUGAGGUCAAGAUGGAGGAGCUCCACGGUAAACUGGAAGCGCUGGAAACGAGGCAAACGAACGUUGAAAUUGAAAUGGACACUUCGACAAAUAAAAUACAGGAUCAAAUAAAGAAACACGAUACUGAAAUAGAGAUGUCAGCGAAGGGGACUCAACAUUUGGAAGAAAGAUACAAAAGCUUACAAACUGAGUUGGAAAACACGACGAAAUCCUAUUUUAACAGUCGUGAGAAAUCCCUUGAGAAAUUCGACCAACGUCUGGACGCUAUGUCCAAGAAUAUUUCAGAGAGUAUGCACCCAUCUCCUGCUGCCUUCUUCGCCACCCUGUCGUCCGGUUUUACAACAUCCUCCUCCGCUCAGUCGCUCGUAUUCAACAACGUUGUCACGGACGUUGGUGGGGGUUACAACCCGGGGACAGGCGUGUUCACCGCCCCGGUCGAUGGUCUAUACGUGUUCUCAGCAUCUGUCAUGGUUCAAAUGACCACGUCGGCGACCUUCGCUCAUAUCAGAAUAAAGAAGAACGACAGUCACGUAGCGUACCUGUAUGUCAACGACAGUGACGGUAACUACGAGACAGGCAUGGGCACUGUCACUCUCUCGCUGCAGGUCGGGGAUACCGUAAAGUUGACAUGCAAUGAGAGUGGACGAUACAUUCAUAGCUAUUCGUUCAUUUCCGGUUUCAGAUUGUAAUCAGCGCACGAGGAGCACAUAACAUUUACGUUCAUUGAGAUUUUCUUCAAUACAAUUCAUUUUAAUUCAAUUCAUAGAAAUUCCUACUUUUGAAACUUUCUGAGUAUGUGUCUUCUAGUUAUUCAAAAUUACCUAAAAAACAAAAUUCAUGUAUUGUAAAUUUUGAAUAAAAUGAACCAAUAUAAUAUUUUUGCUAUUACUUUAAUAUCGUUAGUUUGCACAUACUGUGAUACCCUGUAUCAGCCCGAUAGCGUAUUUUGACAUAUCAUAAACUGUAAUAUACUUUCUACAGAUUCGAAAGUUUAUGUUGUAUGUGCUCAGUAACGGAAUUCCGUUAGGGCCAUCGCCUGUGAAUGUGUAGAUCAAAAACGCGAUACUCGAUAGUAAGAUGAUAUAAACGUGAUGACGAGACUGCGAUGACAAGAACGGGACAGUAAGAUUAUAACGAACGACAAAAAAAUAACGAAAACGUAAUAUUACGACAUAACGAUGACGAUAAUACGAUAUAUUAUCGUGAUUUCGCCCCCGUAGCAUCGCCUUUACACCAUUUUUAUAUCGUGAUAUCGCGUUUUGUUUAUCGUUGUAUCGUACUGCCGCGUUAUCAUCAUUGUACUGAAGCGUUUUCAUUAUCGUAUAGUCGCGUUUCCAUUAUCGAACUGGCGCGUUCUCAUCACCGUUCUGUCGAGGUUGCAUUUUCGUACUGUCGCGUUUUUUAUGGAACUGUCCCAUCAUCAUCAUCGUAAUGCCGCUUAAUGAUCAUUGUACAGUCGCAUUAUCGUCAUUGUAAUGUCGUGUUAUCACAAUUGUUCAAUCACCUUUCGGUGCGCAUGCGCAUGGAUGAACUUCGCCUCCAUGUGCCAAAUGUCGGAUCCAGGGGUGUGUUUCAGAUUUAACGAUAAUAAUAAUAAUAAUAAUAAUAAUAAUAAUAAUAAUAAUAAUAAUAAUAAUAAUAAUAAUUAUUAUUAUUAUUAUAGCAAGUAUCACAUUUACUCAGUAUAUUAAUUAUAACAAUCAUAAUAAUAAUAAUAAUAAAGAAAAAAGCUAUCUUGACAUUGUCCAUGUGUUUGCAUUCUUACAGUAUGUCUUUAAUAAUUGCAUAUCAACUUGUAUCAAAUGUAUGCAAUCGAUUUCGUAAUGUUUUCUACAUUGACUAUUAACUAGUAUAAAUAUUCAUCCAAAGUGUAAAUGGCCCUUUAUGAGCAGUACAAGAUUAAUACCUCAAUAUCGAUAGUUUUGCAUAUGCUGCGCUAUGUGUUAAUCGUUUCGAGUUAAUAGUUCUGGCAAAAAUGUUUAUAUAUCGCAUCAGGCCCCGGACACCAUAAAAUAAACAUUCAAACGAAUUUAUCAUUCUAGUUGUAUAAGUUCAGCUUCAUGUAGUUACAAAGUUAUGGAUUAGAAUCAUUGAAAAAAGUUCGGUAUCCAGUGACAUUAAUUGACUGACAUAAAAAAAUAAACCGAUACCAGUUUCGAUGAUGGUGACCCCAUAUUAUUUUGGUAUCAAUUGAAUGGCUUUAUGACUAGAAAAGAGUGCGAAAAUUAGACAGAACAAAAACACAAACACUUGAAAAGUUGCUUAUUCGAUUUCAGUUGCAAUAAAGAGCAGAAUUAUAAACUACAAUAAUUGUAAUUUUAUUAAAGUUUUAGUCGUUUAUUUACGUCAGCAAGCAAUACCCUUCCAAAUAAAACCGUCAUUACAUGGGGUGACCAGGCAUCAAAAUGUAGUAUUAUGGUGAAAGUAAAUUGUUUUCAAUUGGAAGUAAUGUUUUACAAUGCGUAUCAUUAAGACGGCCACUUAAUGUGGCAUUUACUUUUUUUCUUACAUUCAUUGCACUGAAUAUUGUCAAUAUUUGUGAUCAAUUUCAAGGCUGUUUCAAUGUCAUAGUCAUUGAUAUAGACUGACUUGUACAUUGUACAUCGUCAAUAACGCAUUUCACGAAUAGUGUAUAUUCUGAUGACAUAAAACAUACUACGCUUUUCAAAAAUGCAUUUGUUGGAAUUGAUUUAAAGAGAUGAUAUGAUGUUAUGGUUAGUUUAUUAUUAAUGUAUGUAAAUUUGUAUAUAAUUAUAA